GUGGACUUUUAUUGCCAGGUCACAAUUUCCUCUCGUCCACAACAGACAGACGGUCAACCCUUGGAGAUCCAACCCCAGACAUGAGGAUUAAUUCCCGGGAAGGGGUUCACCAUCUCCUGCUUCUCCUGGCGCUCGUCUUGGUUCUCCCGUCCCACACUACAGCGCAGCAGCCCACAGACAGGAGGAGAUACUACUAUAUUGCAGCCAUAAACAUUGACUGGGACUACAUGUCUGACGGACCGCUAAGAUUCGGCUCCUAUAAGAAAGUGGUGUACAGGGAAUAUGAUGAGGGAUUCAAGCAGGCGAAGACCCAUCCUUCCUGGUUAGGACUCCUUGGUCCCACCAUCCGGGGUCAAGAGGGAGAAACUCUGGUGGUCAAGUUCAAAAACAUGGCCGAUAAACCCCAUAGUCUUCAUGCCCACGGCAUCACUUAUGGGAAACAGUCAGAGGGCUCCCUGUACUUCGACAACACGUCGCAGUUUGAGAAAGAGGAUGACGCAGUGCCGCCUGGAGGAGAACACACAUACUACUGGGAGGUGACUCCAGACGUGGUCCCCCAGGCCACGGACCCCACCUGUCUGACCCACACCUACUUCUCCCACCAUGACAUUGUCAAGGACUACAACUCGGGCCUGAUCGGAACCCUGCUGAUCUGUAAAGCAGGGAGCCUUGACGAGGAUGGAGAACAGGUGUUGGUCCACCAGGAGUAUGUCAUCCUCAUGGGGGUGUUCAAUGAGAAUUUGAGCUGGUACAAGCCAAAGACGGACUUUGCAACUGCCACUAGAAACCACGUCAAACACACUAUCAAUGGAUACGCCAACGGAUCACUUCCAGGUCUGAGUGUCUGUGCCCACACCUCUGUCAGCCUGCACCUGGUGGGCAUGAGCACGGAGCCGGAGCUGUUCUCCGUGCACAUCAACGGCCAGGUCCUGCAGCACGCCGGACACCGGGUCUCUUCCGUGGGCCUGAUCGCCGGCACCGGCACCAGCGCCAACAUGACGGCCGUCCACGCCGGCCGCUGGCUCCUCUCCUCACACAUCGACAAGCAUCUGGAGGCUGGUAUGCAUGGGUUUGUGGAGGUCCGGAGCUGUGAGGGUUUCAACCCCCCCCAGCGUAAGCUGACCAUCAAGGAGAAACAAGAAAGCCAGGUGUGGAUUUACUACAUCGCAGCUGAGGAGGUUGUGUGGGACUACGCACCAAAUAUGCCUGAAUUAAUUGACGGGGACUACAAGUUAAAGUACCUGAAGCAAAGCCCGGAUCGAAUAGGCAGGAAGUAUAAGAAGGCGGUGUACACACAGUACACAAAUGCCAUGUUCACCGAGCGGGCGGAAAACAAAAAGAGAAAGCAGGAGUUGGGCAUCAUCGGGCCUGUCAUCAGGGCGCAGAUCCGUGACGUCAUUAAGAUCGUCUUCAAGAACAUGGCCACCCGACCGUACAGCAUCUACCCCCACGGGCUGACCGUGGACAAGGCAGCGGAGGGGGUCAACUACCCUGCGGGGGGUAACCAGACGCACGGAGUCCAGCCCGGGGAGACGUACACCUACGUGUGGGAGAUCAUCGAGGAGGACCAGCCUUUGCCGGGCGACCCGCAGUGUGUGACCCGCAUGUACCACAGCGCGGUGAACACGCCCCGAGACGUAGCAUCGGGUCUAGUAGGGCCCCUGCUCAUCUGUAAAAGCCAGUCCCUUACCAAGAGGAACGUGCAGCUAAAAUCGGACAAAGAGCAGCAUGCCAUGUUUGCAGUUUUUGAUGAGAAUAAGAGCUGGUACCUGGACGAAAACAUUGCAUCGUACAGCGAACCAGGAAAGGCCAAGAAAGAUGACCCAGACUUUCAUAAAUCAAACAUUAUGCAUACAAUUAACGGGUAUGUGUAUGAGAGCGGCCAGCCCCUGGGCUUCUGCAAUGGGGAGAUUGUCACGUGGCACGUGUCCAGCAUUGGAGCGCACGACUACAUCCAGACUGCAACGUUCUACGGUCACACGUUUGACCUGAACGACCGCACAGAGGACUUCCUCAGCUUGUUCCCCAUGACCGGCGAAACCAUCACCAUGAACAUGGACAACGUUGGUAUUUGGCUGCUGGCAUCCCUGAACUCCCAUGAGACCACCAAAGGGCUGCGUGUGAAGUUCAAAGACGUUGAAUGCUUCAGAGACUACGUAUAUGAAUAUGAAGUUGAUGCAGAAACCGACACAGUUGCGAAUAAGGCGAAAGAUGACUUCUCCAUUUGGAAACCUGAGGAUGUUGUAACGGCCAAAGAGGCAGAAAAAGAGAAGGAGAUUGAGAAACCUGAAAAGCUGGUGUUUGAUGACGAGACAGAUGAGUGGGCAGCACAACUGAAUCUGAGGUCAUUCAAAAAUAUCACAAAGGAGACAGACAUGGAGAAAUUGGAUCUGUCUAUGUAUGACUAUAGAACCGCUGAUGAGCCUGAUUCUGCCCUGACUGACACGUCAUUGGCUGAGAUGGAGGCAACUAACACGUCAUUGGCUGAGAGGGAUGCAAUUAAAACGCCAUUGGCUGGGAGGGAGGCAACUAACACGUCACUUGCUGGGAGGGAGGCAACUAACACGUCAUUGGCUGGGAGGGAGGCAACUAACACGUCAUUGGCUGGGAGGGAGGCAACUAACACGUCACUGGCUGAGAGGGAGGCAACUAACACAUCAUUGGCUGAGAGGGAGGCAAGUAACACGUCAUUGGCUGAGAGGGAUGCAACUAAAACGCCAUUGGCUGGGAGGGAGGCAAUUAACACAUCUCUGGCUCGGAAGGAGACAACAAGCACGUCAUUGGCUGGGAGGGAGGCAACUAACACGUCAUUGACUGAGAUGGAGACACCUGGAGUGCGUACCUUUACAACAAAGUCUCCGUUCAUCGAAAGCUUUGCUGGGACUGCAACGGAAUCACUCAACUUAACAGUGGUCCAGUUAGACUCCAGCUUUAACCGCUCUUUAAUGUGGACGACAGAGACAGAAACAGAAACAGUUCUUGCCACAGCAGUCACAGCUACGGAAACAUCGCAGAGUCAGGUCAAAAUAAGGUCAGACGCGGCGGAAAAAAGGCUCAUACAAACCCGACGCCAGUGGACCACCGUGAACAGAACCUCAGUGGAUGACACAUUCAUGGGAGAGUCGGAGGAAACGAUUACUAGAGGCGAUGUCUUCUACUCUGAGACACUUCCCAACACUUCCAACAAUACAGAGGAGGGAAAGGGGGAUGAUGGCAGCAAUAUACUCCUGGGCAGGGAGUCUGUCACUGCCUCAGCCAGUGAAAACGGUACAGCUAUAAAUGCAUCUCUAAAUGUCGCAAACCAAGUGGAUAGGGCAUUGAUUGAUAUAGAUAGGAAGAUAAAUAUUAGCAAGUUUGAGGAACCUAACAUGACCGGUUUUGAUGUUAAGACAGAAAUCUGUGGUAACAUCACUGUUAAUGGUUCAUCGCAAAAUGGCACACUUCCAUCAGAUACCGGAACAUUCUCUGGCAAAGUGGAAACACAGAAUGACACAAAUACCACUGUUAUAAACCACCGGAAUUCAACAGUGACUAGACCUGAGAGUAAAGAAAACUGUACUGUGCCGGAUACCGUGCUAGAGUCCUCCUCAGAAAGCUUCUCCGACAAGACCCCCAGUGCUAAUCCAGGUGUGGACAACCAAUCACUGUCAACCAUUGAGGACCCAGACAACUCUGACCAGAUUCCCUCUGAGGAAGUGAUCAUCUACCUGAGAGACAACAAUAGCCAAGUCAUCCGUACUAACUCCUUGGAUCUGCAGGAGGAGCACUGGGGCUAUGAGGGGACACACGAGAUGGUCCCUGUGGAGAUGCCGGAUCACAUGGUCAAAUACAUUGGGAACGAACUCCCAGAACCCAGCACCACUCCAGAAAUAAAUAAACCCAUCAUCAAGUCCGUCCACCGUAGACAAAAGCCAGCUAAAGGCCAUGGCAUGAAAACUAAGAAAAAGAAGGAAUACAAGCCCCAACCACCGAGAAGGUUUGGUUUCUCCCCGCGGGGGUUCAAACCGGCUCCCGACAUUGGACUCACACCCAGAGGGGCCAGACCCAUCUCCAGCGAGGAGGACUUCUCAGACAAAGCCAUUGUGAUCGGCGUGCCACGACCUGACUUCAGCGACUAUGAGAUUUAUGUCCCCAAUGAUGGCCACGAGGAAAUCACUCUAAAACAUGCUGAGGACAUAGGGGACGAAUAUGAGGAGAUUGAAUAUAUCGACCCUUACAAAGAGAAGGGGGACAUGCAGGAUCUAACUCUGGACGAGAACGCUAAAUAUUUCCUCAAAACGGCGGGGGAUAACGUGAAGGUGUACUUCAUUACAGCGGAGGAGGUGCAGUGGGACUACGGGGGAUAUGGACAAAGGAGGCAUGAUAAGUCAGGGGACAAUGAAAGGCAAACUAAGUUCUCCAAAGUAGUUUUCCGAGGUUACCUGGACAGCUUGUUCAGCAUGCCACAAAUCCGAGGAGAAAUGGAUGAACACCUGGGCAUCCUGGGGCCGGUCAUUAAGGCCGAGGUUGGACAAAUGAUCAUGGUAUUUUUCAGGAACCUGGCCAGCCGUCCAUACUCGCUACACGCCAACGGAGUUUCCUACACCAAGCAGACGGAAGGGUUAUCCUAUGAGGAUGGGUCCAAGUACUGGUACAAAUAUGACAACGAGGUCAAGCCCAACACUACAUACACGUACCUCUGGAAGGUCAGCGCCAAUGUAGGGCCCACCAAGGACGAGUCUGACUGUCGCACCUGGGCCUACUACUCUGGUGUUAACCCUGAGAAGGAUAUCCACUCGGGUCUAAUUGGGCCGUUGCUGGUGUGUCGGAAGGGCACUCUGAGCAAGAAGGUGGUCGAUAUGAGAGAGUUCAUGCUUCUCUUCAUGACCUUUGACGAGUCUCAGAGCUGGUACUACCAGAAGAACCGUGAGGUUCUGGAAAUGAAGAACAGACGGGCCCGGCUAAAGGACCCUGAUUCCAAAGAUAACCUGAAGUUCCAUGCCAUCAAUGGAAUCAUCUUCAGUCUGAAGGGCCUGAGGAUGUAUUCCAACCAGGCGGUGCGCUGGCACCUAUUCAACAUGGGGCCUCCUUCCGACCUCCACAGUGUCCACUUCCACGGCCAGAUCUUCCUCCACAAACAGAUCCGGGACCACACCCAGGCAGUCUACCCACUCAUGCCUGGUGGCUUUGCGACACUGGAGAUGUUGCCGUCCAAACCUGGGCUUUGGCAGCUGGAGACAGAGGUCGGACAGUACCAACAGAAGGGGAUGCAGACCCUCUUCCUGGUUAUAGAUAAUAAUUGUGACCAUCCGCUGGGUCUCAUUUCUGGAAGUGUCAAAGACGACCAGAUCACAGCGAACGACAAACGAGGAUACUGGGAGCCUCAUCUGGCCAGACUGAACAACCAAGGCAAAUACAACGCAUGGAGCACCGACAAGAAGGGCAGCUGGAUACAGGUGGACUUCCAGAGGCCCGUGGUGAUCAGUCACAUAGAGACCCAGGGGGCCAAACAGUUGUUCUCGUCCCACUAUGUGGUCAAUUACACCAUCUCCUACAGCACGGACAAGAGGAUGUGGAUCUACUACAAAGGAAACAGCAAUGAGAUAAGAAUGACUUUCACAGGUAACCAGGAUGCUAACCAGGUGCAGCGCAACACUUUCUUCCCUCCUCUGAUUGGCCGAUUUAUCAGACUCCACCCCCUCCACUCCUACAACUCACAGAUGGUCCGUAUGGAGUACUACGGCUGUGAGCUGGAUGGUUGUUCUGUGCCCCUGGGCAUGGAGCGUGGGCAGAUAGAGGACUACCGUAUCACUGCCAGCUCCACAGCCUCUAGCUGGUACUUCGGCCCCUGGAAAGCCUCGCUGGCGCGACUCAACUUACCGGGCAUCGUCAACGCGUGGCAGGCCGAGAGUAACAACCUGGACCAGUGGCUGCAGGUGGAGCUGGCCCAGGUCAAGAAGAUCACUGGCAUCGUCACCCAGGGGGCCAAGUCCCGGGGCAAGGAGCAGUACGUCACCUCCUACCGCCUGGACUACAGCCACGACGGGACACACUGGGUCAAGUACACCGACGACGAUGACAACGUCUUCAAGAUAUUCCCUGGCAACACUGAUAGCAAUGGCCAUGUGAAGAACUACAUCUAUCCUCCAAUUUUCUCUCGCUUCAUCAGGGUCAUUCCUCAUGACUGGAAGAGCACCAUCACCCUGCGCGUAGAGCUGUUAGGCUGUGACUUUGAAUGAAGAAAACCCAAACACACUACAUCUGAGGUUGUGAUGAAUAAGACAUUUUAAUCUAAAGUGUGAGUUGUUCUGCAGUUCUCAGACUAGGAUGCAGCCCUUAAUUCAUAUGUCUCAAACAGGCAACAACAACACCACUUACAGUGAGGGAAACAAUUAUUUGAUCCCCUGCUGAUUUUGUACGUUUGCCCACUGAUGAAGAAAUGAUCA